AUGGCGCGCUGCGGAGGCGGCUCCGCGCCGAAGGGCUCCGGUCCGGCGACGGUGGAGCGGCAGAGGCUGAAGGAGGCGCUGGCCGAGCAGCUCCGGCAGGACCUCGGCAGGUUGCUGGCGGAGGGGACCCGCUCCGACGUGACCAUCCGUGUGGGCACCGCGGCUCUGCGGGCGCACCGGGCCGUGCUGCUGGCCCGGGCUCCGCGGCUCUUCGCCGGGCUGGCGGGGGGGCGGCCGCCCCCCGAGGUGCUGCGGCUGGACGGCGUGGGGCUCGCGGAGCUGCGGCGCUUCCUGCGGCUUGUCUAUUCAUCUGAUAAAAAUCUUAAAGAAACUGAGGAGCUGGCUAUGAUGAAAAAAGUAUUGGAACCCAAAUUAAUACAAGAAAACAACACUGCUGCUCUUCAGAACACUGAAAGAAAUGUAAAUUGUCUUGGAGAUGGCAAAAGAGAACCUAUUGAUCAGACUACUCAAAUGCAGAAAGAUGUUACUUGUUCAUCUUGUGGUGAAGAGGAAAUUCCAGAAGUAGUCAUUGAUGCAGAAAGCAACAAAGCCACUGCAGGUAAUUCCAAACUAGAAACUGCAUCUGUGUUAGGAGAAGACUUAAUGAUGUUCUACAAGAAGUGCUGUUGUCCAGAUACUAAUAUUUGCAUAGAAGGCAAAGAUUUUCAAGCUCACAGGGCCAUUUUAUGUGCCAGAUCUAGUUACUUUGCUGCUAUGCUGAGUGGAAGUUGGGCUGAAAGCUCCCAAGAGCACAUCACUCUUCAAGGCCGCAUAUUGGGCAUUGCAGAUAUGUAUGGGCUAGAUGGGCUGAAAGAAGUAGCUAUCUACAUAUUGAAAAGAGAUUACUGCAAUUUUUUCCAAAAGCCAGUUCCUGGAAAACAGCAACCUGUACUAGAAUGCAUGGCUAUUGCUCAUUCAUUGGGAGUGGAAAACCUGUAUGCGGCUUGCAUGAAAUGGGUAGGAAAACAUUUUGCAAAAUGUUUGUCAGAGAGAAGCUUUGCCAGUUUACCUACUGAACUUCAAAACAACUGUCUUGUUAUGUUGAUUAACUCUUUGAACCACAAGAAUGCAGCUUCCUUUUUGAUGGAGAGUGACCGGCUGAUCAAUAGUCUUCCCCAAGUGAAAUGGACAGAGGCAGCUGUGGCCUUGGCAUCUAGGCUACAAGAAGAAUGUGUAACAUUUAUUGUGGCAAACUUCCUGCAUGUAGUACAAAGUGAAGGCUUCUCUGUUUUGUUGCAGGCACAAGCAAUGACCAGCAAACCUGACCUUCUAGAACUAAUUUUUAAUGCAGUUGAAAAAAGUAUUAAUAAUGAAAAUAGCUGCUUUCUUCUUGUAGCUGUGGAUACAUUGUUGGACUCCACAAAUGUCAAGGAGAUGGGUUUUACGUGCAGGAUCCAGGCUCUGCGUGGUAAGCUCUGGGUCUUCCUGGUUCAGUCUUUUUAUGCUGUUCGUCACACAGAAGGCUGGAAGCUGAUGAGGACAGAGCAUCAACAGAAAAUACAAGCAGCUGCAUUUGACAAGGGUGAUGACCGAAGACUUGGCAAAAAACCUGUAUUCACUAGUUCUCAGCUAAAGAAACCUAUUACUGAAACUACUGGUAUAAGGAAUACUUUCCGGACGGAACACAGCAAGAAAGAUUGCUGGGGAGAUUCUUCCACUAAUCAGGAUAAAAUGAAAUCUGAUGGAUUAGGAGCAUCUGGACAUACAUCAAGCACCAACAGAAGCACUGUUAAUAAGGCUGCAAAGCAUGAGGAUGUAAAGGGGAAAGAUGGCAAAAAAAUAGUUUCCAAGAUUACAAAGGAUUCAAAACCUGGAGAAAAAGCUGCAUCACCAAAGGCUAGAGCUGUUAUAAAGACAAAAACAGAAAAUAAUGGACAUGUGAAGGCUGAAAGCUUGCUUACCAAGCAAGAUAUAGAGAAGACAUCACCUGCAAGUGGACAAAAAAAUUCAGGAAGUGGCAAAGGAAUAAAGAAUCAUGAAGGAAAAAUUGCAGGUGCCAGACCUAAAGCGCUGACAGUAACCUCAACUGUGCAGAUCAAAACAAAACCAUUGAAAAAAACCACAGGGAAGGAAUCUCCCUCCUUAGUGACUGUGGCAGGAACUUCCAGCAAGUCAGGAAACUCAGGCAUAGAUAUCCAACCUGCCAUUGAACAGACAGAGGAACCCAAAGAGAAUAAACUAGUAGAGGAAGGGAAAAAACAGACUGUGAAAACAAAGUCAUCUGUGAAGACAAAUGGGAUCACCAACAAAAAAAGGACUGAGCUUGAGGCUAAUAUCACAACAAGCAGUGUAAUGAAAAAAUCAACUGGAAAAGGAUGUAAUGAACAAAAUGCACAAGCUGUUAUAAAGAAAAAAGGGAAUGUGAGUAGCAAUUCUGCAACACAGCAAAAGCCUCAAAACACACCUACCAAUUCUCCCAAGAAUCAAGGACCUCAGGGGGAAUCACCAAAUUCCCUGAAAUCAGGCAUGUCUCCAAAACAUAAUGAAGACAAAAAUGUGUUACAACAUCUGGUUCAGACAACAUUACCAGAAAAAAAUCCUUCAGCCAAGAAGAAGAGCAUUAAGCAGCCACAAACACCUGCAGCAAAAGUAACUGCAAAAAUAACACCUAAAACUCCAUCAAAGCACACUGAGAUUAUGAAUAAUAAAGACUCAAAACUGAAAACACCAGGGCAACCUGUAUUAAAAUCUCAGUCAUCUGCCCAAAAACAUUCAAGGAGUGAAUCUCCUGUUGUCCAGAAGAAUGUGCAUGCCUCUGAGCAGAGAAGUUCAGGACAGAAAGUGGAAAAAAACAUGGGUGAUGCUGUGGCAGGUCAGCCUCAUGACAAUAAUCAAUACUAUUCUCCAAAGCAAAAUGAAUCUUUAAAAUCUGUGAUGGAAAGUAGCAACGAAGAUAAACUGCUGGCACCUUGUCAACCCAAUAAACAAAAAUUAUCAGAUCCUUCUGAAAAUGUGGAAUACAAAAUACAAUCUGAAUCUUCUUCUCUAAUUACAAAAGAGACUCUUUCUAAACUGCACAAUUCACUGCAAAAUGAAAUGGAAGCAAGACAAAUCUGUGACAAUCAGACUGGAAUUAAAAAUAUUGAAGAGACAGAGAAAGAUGAUAAUACAGCUGCAUCUCAUUGCCAUGCACAGUCUUCCAGUGAUGGAUAUUCUGACUUUUCCAAGGAAUCCAAUCAAAAGGCUACUGCUUCAGGAGAACUGGUGAAACAUUCAAAAGCAGCAGAAGUCUGUACUGACCAAAGUGGUAAAUUAAACUGUGAAACAGGUCUUAACUACAGCAAAAAUGCUUUGCCAAACUUUUCCCAAACGAUAACUGAUAAAGAGGAUGAGACGUCGUUGCCUCAGAGUCAUGUGGAGGGGUUUCUUACAGCUGCUGGGCUGGGUGAUAUCUCGGCCUUGACUGAAUACAAAUCUGUUACAGCAGAUUUAGAUGAUGUUUCAGAGUGUUCCACAGAACAAAUAACAGAAAAAUAUUCACCUAGUUACACAGAGCCUAUAGAUCCUACAGAAAUGCCUGAAAACCAUGAAAAUGCAGAAAUUCCCUUUGUGGAUCACUGGAGUACUGGUGCACUAGAUCCAAAAGAGAGUCCUGAAUCAGAUACUGGCAGUGCAACCACAUCCUCUGAUGAUAUAAAACCAAGAUCAGAAGAUUAUGAUGCUGGAGGCUCUCAGGAUGAUGAAGGAUCCAAUGAAAGAGGGAUUUCUAAAUGCAGCACGAUGUUAUGCCAUGAUUUUCUUGGAAGAAGCAGCAGUGACACAAGUACACCUGAGGAAUUAAAAAUUUAUGACAGCAGCCUAAAAAUAGAAGUGAAAAUGAAAAAAGAGGGUUCUGAUCUCUUCCGUGUUAAUUCAACGAGUGAUGAAGAAAUACCGAGAAAAAGACCUGAAAUUUGGUCCCAUCAAGGAAGUGCAAGGACGAAUACUAGAGAAAGCAAAUGUUCUACUUUUGGCAAUUCACAGUUUACUCAGGAAACAGACCAAGUUUCUUCUUCUGCUGAUGAAACAGAAGAUGACAGAUCUGAAGCAGAUAAUGUUGCAGAAAACUUUACUCUAUCAAAUGAUCCUACUCAACAGUUCCAAGGAAUUGAUAAUUUGGCUUUUGAAGAUGCAACAGAAAACGAUGCAAGUCAAGGGUUUACUAAAACUAAAAAUUUCAAACGAACUGUUUUACUUUCAGUAGAUGAAUGUGAAGAAUUGGGAUCUGAUGAUAGAGCAGAAACUCAUACUUCACAACAGCACUCAAGAGAUUCUCUUACUCCUUCAGAAGUAUUUGACAGUGUUUCUCAAGAGCACCAUGAAAACCCUUUUUAUUCAAGAUACUCACUGGAAAUGGAAGAUGGAUUCCUGGAUUGCAAACAGCAAAAGGACAGAGACAAGAGAUCCGGUAAAAGUGAAAGUUCUCUCCUACACCUUCAUGACACUGAAAUUGCAAGGAAAGAGAAUCAAGAUGCUUCAAUGACUGAACAAAAUUGUCCAGAGAAAGUAUAUUCAGCAGCUACUUUGUGUCCAGGGGAAAAACAAAAAGUAAAUAAGAACGAGGUGGCUAGUGAAUUUCACCAGUGCAAUAAAUACUUAGACAGUGAUGCAAAAUCUCAAGAAAGACCAUGUCAUUUGGAUCUUCAUCAGAGAGAAACUACUUCUGAUGUGCAAAAGAGCAGCUCUGCAAAACCUGUAGAAGCCAGUAAGAAUCAGAUACUGACUCAGGAAGGUCAAGUGAGAGACAGUCAACCAGCAACUACUGAAUGCGCUAAUACUGAUUUACUUCCAGGAGACAUAGAUGAUUAUGACACAAUGGCACAAACCUGCAUGUAUGAACAUCGGCCUGCAAAAACCCUUUCUCCAAUAUACGAGAUGGAUGUUGGAGAAGCAAUUGAGCAGAGGAUGGAUUCAGAAACAGCAGUUCUAGAUGUGGAUUUUGAAGAUCAGCAGUUUGCAGAACAGGACUGGACUCUUCUCAGGCAAUUGUUAUCUGAGCAGGACUCAAAUAUAGGUUUCAAAAACUCUGUUCCUGAAGACCUUAACUUAGCACAAUGUCUUAUCAAUCAAACACUGUUUCUGGCACGAGAUGGUUCGAAUCCUCAGGGUACAUCACAAGUUGACACAUUCAGUAGGUGGACUGAACUCAUGUCUCCACUUGAUGAUUCUUCAGCAAGCAUUACAGUGGCAAGCUUUUCAUCUGAAGACUGUUCAUCCCCUCACGGGGAAUGGACAAUUCUUGAACUGGAAACCCAUCAUUAAGGUGAUCAAAUGUUUGCAACUGAACUCCAACCCAUCCCCCAAAUCUAUUUUUGAUGAGUUGUUUCCAUACAAUAAAAUACUGCAUCACUCAAGAACAAGCAAUUCUUGAUACUGAGGCAAUCUUUCUGAUACAAUGAGGUAAAUAUAUUAAUUUAUAAUUCAUAUUUAAUCACAGGUACAAUAAUUUUUCAAGGCUUAAAUGUAUGUCUUUUUAAAAAAUGAACUCUUAGCAUGUAUUUUCUAGAAUUGUUAGAAAAAUUAGAUUAAAUGAAAAAAAAUCUUGGUUUCCACCCUCCCUUUUAUCUUCCUUUCUGAUAUGUAAUAUUCUUAUCGAGCAAGAAUUUAAAGGUAAUUUACUAUUAGUAGAGCUAUUCCCUUUUUUUUUUUCCCUGUCUAUAUGGUGACUUCAUUUUACAACAAUAAAGAUUCAGAAUGCUUGUGUCAAAAGGUGAUGCAUGCAAAUGCUGCUUGAAAUGAUGGAAACACAUACUUAUGUUCAAAGAAAACGUUUCAAUAUGAAUUUGUCUUGGGCUUUAUUAACUCAAGAGCAGCUUCUUUAAUCUGUUUCUUCCAGAUUUUAUUUUUGUAUUUUUGGUUUGUUUUGUUUAGAAGUUUCCAAUAAAUUUUUCAAAUUGUCUUUAAGAAUUCAGAGGGUCUGUGCUAUAGCAAAAGCACUGUUUCUUUCUUGGAACUGCACAUACUUAAGUAAAUAUUUUUAAUGGCAUAGUGCAUGAAUUCAGAGGAGGCAGCAGAAUGCUGCCCCUGUUAUAAAAAACACUAUGUCUGAUGUUGUGGUUAGUGUUGCAUCAGAAGUCUGACAUUGACUAGAAUUGCCUUCAGGCUUCAAGUCGUUACACUUGCACCCUUCUGACACUGUCUGAGGCAUAGCAGGAUCCUCAGGAAUUUGGUUUUGUUUGUUCUCAUAUAUGCUGCAUUUUCGGAGGGGUAAGAGGAUUCUUUCAUGUAGUAUAGCUUUUAUAUUGAGACUAAAUGUCAACAUAAACAUUCUCCUGACUAAGAGUGAAAUAGGAUCUGCUUCUCACUACUGCUCAUUCUGCUGCUUUUCGCUAUUAAUUUGGGGGUGUGGACAGGACUGUUUAUUGCCUUUUCUAAUUUGAUGGAGGAGGAAAGAAGAAACUAUUUGUAAUUCUUAGCCACUCAGAACUCAUCCUGAAACAGAGGGUUUUUUCCCCUGCUAAGAACUCUGCAUUAUGGAAAUACUAGGACUUCUUUCACACAGCUUAAAAUCUAAACAGAAGUAUUCUACCUCCUCUUAGUCAUUAACAGAAGUGCCUUCAGACAUGGUUGCCAUAUGGCAGUAAAAGGCUACUAAAAUAUUUCUGGUUAAACUAUUUAAGUGUACAACAUACUAGCUGUAACCACUGAUACUAUGGUCAGUUUUGCAAGCCUUUUCACAAUUCCAGCAAUGCAACUUAAUUUUCUUUAGAAAUUUAUUUUCUUUUUGUUCUUAAUCAGAAACCCUCAGCUGUAUGGAAAUAGAGUUGCCCCAGCAUAUGACUAAUGAAGUUAUGAACUGUCUUAUCUUUGGACUUGGUAAAGACCUCUGAGGCAAACUAGUUUAUCUAGACAGCCACUUGGUUGAACUUCUGAUACAGGAGUAAAAGUCAAGAUUUAAUUUCCCCAAAUUAAAUGGAGAAAUAAUUUUAUCUCAUUAUUGAGUAUUAAGGCAAGAAAAAAAGAGGAAAGCCUUCCUCUUCCUUGAUGGCAAUGAAAAAGAAGGACACAUGGAGGGAAGAUGGGCAGUCUCAUAAUAAAACUAUUUCCCCUACUUUUAGCUAUUAGCAGCAUAAAUAGUCAGAGAUACUAUAAUUCAAAAUACUUAAAAUGCAAUAUGCUGUAUUUACCCCAGUCUUAAUACUGAAUGAGUUAGAACCUUUAGAAGUGCAAAUUACCAAGAAAACCUGUUUUUCACCUUCAGGUUUACAAGAUACAUCAACAGUGGAUAAUCUCUUGGACAAAAGACAGAAAGAAUGAGAACUCUGUUGCUGUUUGACCUUGGUUAGU